AUGACCAGUGUGAGUGAAGAAGAAUUGUUGGCGUCGUACCCCCAAAUUACUGCCCCGACUAAGCAGACGGGGUACACUCUGAACCUCACCGAUGAGCAGAGAAAGGUCAUGGAGCAAGUCCGGUUGAUCUUGCUGGCCGAGGGGUACACGAAGAGACUAGACGACGCUCUGUUGUUGCGUUUCUGCCGGGCCCGGAAGUUCGACAUUGAGAAGACCCUCGCCAUGUUUAAAGAAUGUGAAAAGUGGCGGAAAGACUUCGGCACCGAUACCAUUCUCACCGAUUUCCACUACACCGAGAAGCCGUUGGUGGCGAAAAUGUACCCCCAAUACUACCACAAGACCGACAAGGACGGUCGUCCCGUUUACUACGAAGAAUUGGGUAAGGUCGAUUUGGUUGAGAUGCUUAAAUACACCACUCAGGACAGAAUGUUGAGGAACUUGGUGUGGGAGUACGAAUCGUUUACUCUUUACCGGUUGCCGGCGUGCUCGCGUAAAGCCGGUUACCUUGUGGAAACCUCGUGUACUAUUUUGGACUUGAAGGGGAUCUCGUUGACGCUGGCGUACAAUGUUAUUGGCUACGUUAAGGAGGCGCUGAAGAUCGGUCAAGACUACUACCCCGAGAGAAUGGGCAAAUUUUACCUCAUCAACGCCCCCUUUGGCUUCUCCACCGCAUUCAAGUUGUUCAAGCCGUUCCUUGACCCCGUCACCGUGGCCAAGAUCCACAUCUUGGGCUCGCUGUAUGCGAAGGAGUUGCUUAAGCAAAUUCCCGCGGAAAACUUGCCGAAAAAGUUUGGCGGCAAGUCCGACUACAACGACCAGGAAUUGGCCUUGAGCGACGUCGGUCCCUGGAGAGAAGAAAAGUACAUUGGGCCCGAAGGUCCCGCCCCCAAGUCGUUCUAA